AUGACUUCGGAACAACAAUACACCUUUCCUGUGUUUGAAGAGUUGCCAGCGGUUCCCGGCACUCCACAAGGAUGUGUUUGGGGCAUGUACGACAGAGAUGGCAAGGAAGACGAAGUCGGCGCAAUCAAUCUGCUGACGCCCGAGGUUGUCCGUGCCGCGAGCCUCGAGAUCAAGACCGGUCGCCACGUCCAACUGGAUUGGGCUUUGGAAAAUCUCGAAUUCCCGGGCUUCGGCCGGAAACCCUUUGAGCAGAAGGUCAUCGACCUCUCCAAAAGCCUGGGCGCCUACGGGUUUGACGACGAGAUCCACAUAAACACGCAGAGCGGCUCGCAAUGGGACAGCUUGAAGCAUCACGCGUAUCAACCGGGAAAAGUCUUUUAUAACGGGUUGACUUUUGAGGAUGCUCUUAGGUCCAACACCAACGGCAUUCACAACUGGUGCGAACGCGGCGGCAUCGUCGGGCGCGGCAUCCUCAUCGACAUGGUUCGGUUCUACGAAAAGCGAGAUGGCGAAGCUCCAAAUGCAUGGGAACGAUUUGAAAUCCCCGUGGCCGAUCUAAAAGCCGCUUUGGCCGACCAAGGGACGAUACCGAAACAGGGAGAUUUGCUCAUGGUUCGAUCAGGCUACGUUCGCCAGCACGAUCGCGCUUCCACAGAGGAGCGCAGGCUGGGGACCUUUGGCACCGACAAGAAAGCCAUCGGGGUGGCCAACAACGAAGAGAUGGUCAAAUGGUUGUAUAGCCAGCACUUUUCCGCCCACAUUGGGGACACGGUCGCAUUCGAGGCCUGGCCACCCCCACACCUGGGCCAAUGGAUCAUCCACGAAUGGUCCCUGGUCUGGUGGGGAGCCCCCAUUGGCGAGCUUUGGAAUCUCGAGGGUCUGGCUGCCGAGUGCGAGAGGCAGCAGCGUUGGACUUUCUUCGUGACCAGCGCACCAUUGAACGUCAAAGGUGGUGUUGGGAGUCCGCCAGGAGCGAUAGCUAUAUUUUAG